CUGUGUUAGUUUUCAUGUUUAGCUGUCACAUGACACAAGAUAUCUCUCGUGAUCUCUCUUUCCAGACCAUUUUUAUAAUAACUCGAAGUUCUGCAAGUAGUUAAACGUUAGCCGUUGAAUUAUCCACCUAAUAAUUUCAACAUGGGUGCAAGUGCUGUUCCAAUCAUUGUCGUAACAGCUUUUUGGUUCGUUGUUGGUGCCAUAUUACCUUGGUUCGUACCGAAAGGUCCAAACAGGGGGGUUACUCAAACAGUCCUCGUCAUGACUGCUUGCAGCUGCUGGUUGUUCUGGCUUUGCUGCUACUUGAUGCAAAUGAAUCCUUUGAUUGGUCCUGAAAUGAGCAACCAUACUCUCCUGGUCAUGAAGCAAGAAUGGGGAUCAAGCUGGAAGGAUUAAAAUAUGUCACAUAUACAUUCCUCUAUGUUUAGGUGUGGUUUGUUAAUAUCAUCUUUGUUUUAUUCUGUCUUUUGAUGUUGCUCUUAGAAAUAAAAGAAAAUGUAACAUU